AAUACUAUGUAGACAUCUCGCUAGCUCGGCCGUAUAUACGUAUCGUGCGAAAUAACCAUCGCACGAUUCAGACUAUAUCGAGCAAUCGCAGCAGGUUGUCGCAGUUCUGCUAUAAGCGACAGCUGCAUUAUAUACGCGAUAAGGAUCGGUGUUGCGCGCUGUCAUUGACUGGUGUCUGCUAUCGGAGACUCCAGUCGCGCGCAUGCUGCUCACUAAAGCAGCUCUCGUCCAGCAGUUGCUGCGAUCGUCGUUUCGUCGCCCGUCGUAUCCGCGAAGCAUGGCUACCUCCUUCAACGGUAAGGUUGAUCGAUACGACGGUAUCACGGUCGAUUCCGCGAUCGAACCCUGUCCAUCGGCCGAUGACUUUUCCAGCCGUCUUCGAGUAUCGCUCGAAAAUUGGAUAGAGCAACAGAAACGGACUAUUUGGUUCAGAGUGGACACGACUCAUAGCCACUGGAUACCCGAGCUCACUCGCAACGGCUUCAAGUUUCAUCACGCCAAGGGUGACCUUGCUAUGCUCUAUCGCUGGCUACCCGCCAACGAGACCUGUAACGUGCCACCCUACGCUCACACCAAUAUUGGAGCUGGUGCUGUUGUGCUCAACGAGGCCAAUCGCCAGAUACUCGUGGUCAAAGAGCGACACGGACUCGCAACCAAUCACUGGAAACUACCUGGAGGCUACGUCGAGCCUGGCGAGGACAUUUGCGAUGCAGCAGAGCGCGAGGUACGCGAAGAAACUGGAAUCAUAGCCAAGUUUAAGUGUCUUAUCGCGUUUCGACAUGUUCACUCCUAUGCUUUUGGAUGCUCCGAUAUAUAUUUCGUUAGCUGUCUUACCCCUCAAACUUUUGACAUUACUCAGGGUAAUCGAGAGAUUAGUGAGUGUCAAUGGAUGAAGCUUGAAGAUUUUAUAGCUCAUCCUCAAGUUCAUGACAACAAUCGUCAACUAGCAAUCAAGGUUCAAGAGUAUUUGCAAGAUAAAAAAGCCAUCACUAUGAGCAAAGCCAUACAUCCUAUUAGUGGGAAACGUCUAUGUGUUUAUGGUAUUGCUGACACCAAAGAUGAUUAAUAUUAUGUUAUUUAUGUUAGUUACCAUUUUUUGUUGUAUAAACAGGGCUCAUUUUCACCAAUUUGGUACUGUUUGUUACAAUUAUUGUCACAUGCAGCAGCACAAUUGUUUUAUUAUGAAUUUUCACUUUUAUAAGUUGUGAAUAGUUCAUUGAAUAUCUCUUUGUACAUAGCGACACAAAUUUUACAUACCAAAGUGCCUAAAGAUAUCACGGUAUAUUAUUGUGGAUAAUUAUAUUAUUAUUAAUAAUUGACAAACCUUUUUAAUAAUUCUCAUAACCUAGAGAAAUUUCAUACUGUACAUUUUGUCCAACAAGGCAGAGAUGAUAAUCAAAUGUAAAUUGUAUUAUACUUUGUUGAAAUGCUUUUUAUAACUUGUUGAUAGGUUUUUAUUUAUUUUAAAUGUCAAUGCAGUUGUGGUGGUAAAACUGGAUUUUACCUAAUAAAUGAUAAAACUAA